AUGAAUAAUAUCAAUUAUGAUGAAGAACUCAGAACAACACACUUUUAUCAGAAUAUACCAAAGUCCCAAAGAAAUGAACCUGCAAUAUUUUUAAAUAAAGAAAAAACUAAUGAACAUUUAAAAAGUAAUAAUGGUUUUGAUGAGUCCUAUACUUUUUCUAUUCAUAACUAUGAUAAUGUAAUAAAAAUGAACGAGAAAAAAGAAUUAAAUAAGGUAUUCCUAAAUUAUGAAUUAGGGACACAGAGGAUGGAAUGUUUUGUUGGAAUAGAUAAUGAAAAUGUUCUUUAUAUAAAGGAAGAAUAUAUAAAUCAUAUUAAUAGUAAAAUUAUCCUUGUAAUAAUAAACCUGUUCGUUUGUAAUUUAUUUUAUCAUUUAAAGAAUAUAGGUAAAAAUAUCCACAAUCUUUAUUUAUCCUUUGAUAAAAUCGUUUCUCCUUUUCAUUUCAGUUUUAAUAAUAACUUUUGUGAAAAAUGCAUUUCGGCUGACAAUCAAAAUUUUACCUGUACUGAACAUAAAAAUUAUGACUUUUCUGAACUGAGUGAAAAAAAUUCUGAACAGGCAAGGAGAAAAAAAAAAAAAGAUUAUAAAGAACAAAUAUCUUCACAUAAUUAUAAUAAAACAGAUAGUGAACACACAUUUAUGCACACGUGUAAAAAAAAAGAGAAGAAUGAAUAUCUUCCUAAUGUGUUAAUUUUAUGGUGUAAACGGGUAAAGUAUGCAAUAAAUAUUUAUAAUAAUAAUAAUAAUAAUAUUAAAAUUAAGAAAAAAAAGAUUUUUUUGGAACAAAAUGGCCAAACGGAUAAUAACUCAAAUAAUUUAUUUUGUGAUGAAAAAAGUAGAUAUAGUAUCAAUGAAUGCAUUAAUACCUUAACAGAUGCAAUAUUUAAUAAGAAAAAUUUGGAUAUAUUUAAUAAUAUUAAUUUUCUUUUUCCUAAGGAAAAAUCUUCUUUUACAAAUAAAAUAAAACACAUUGAAUCAAAAAGAAAAAUUGAAAAAAUUCCAAAAGAAAAAUCCCCUGUUUAUAAAAAUACUUCUACACACAUAAUAAAUGGAUAUAAUAAUGCAGAUUUCUUAUUAUUCGUAGAUAAAGAUACACUUAAUUAUAAUUUAGAUGAAGAUGAUAAUGUUAUAGAGGAAAUAACUGAUUUAUAUAUAAUUAAUUAUAUAAAAUGUAAAAUUGAAGAUUAUUUUAAAAAUAUAGAAGUAAAAAAAUUUUGGAAUAUAAUAAAUGUGCAGUAUUUAACAAACUUUGAUUAUAAAUACCCAUAUAAUAAAAGGGCGAAUGAAAAAACAUUUUAUAAUUCUAAUAAAAAUUUUUAUGAAUCUAUUUAUGAUUAUAUUCAAAUUAUAAGGAAAACAACUGUUAAGAAAGAUAUAAAAAUAAAUGAAAUAUCUAAAAAUUGUGAUGAAAACAAUAUUAAUAAAAAAGAAGAAAAACAUGUGACAAUUCCUACAACCCCUACUUUAGAAAAGGGUAGAAUUUUAGAUAAAGAAUUUAUUUUAAAAGACAUGUUCAAUAAUCCUAUUAAAAAUUAUCAUAUAAAUGAAGUUCAAAUUUAUUUAAGUAAUUAUGAUAAUAUAUUUUUAAAAACAAUUAUGCGUUUUUAUCUUUUAUUAAAUUUUUCUAUAGAACUGUUAACAAUCCUUUAUGAAGAUAUUGAUUUAUAUUCUAUUCAUAUAUUUUCUUUGUAUGAGAAAUUAAAUGAAUAUAUAUAUAAUGAACACCAACUUUGUAGUAAAAAAGGAAAUUUUAUUAAUAUCCAUCAAAUAUAUCAAAGUGAAGAUAAGAGUGGUGAUUUUUUUGAGCAUAAGGGAAAUAACUUAAGUCAUUUUUUUAAAAAUAAUAUUUAUGAAAUGACUAGAAUGAAAAAUAAUAAUGAUGAUACAUUUCAUUUUAUAAAUUCUAAUUUAGAUGAUGAUUUAAAUUAUGGUAAUAAAAAUAAUAAUAUAACGAAUAAUGUUAAUAUGAGUAAUAAUAAUAAUAAUAAUAAUAAUGAUAAUAAUAAUAAUAAUAAUAAUAAUAAUAUGUAUAAUUUUUUAUUUCAUAAAAAUACCAAUCAUAACAUUUUUCUAUUCAAGGAAAAGAAGUUAGAUUGGUUUGUUUUCUUUUUAUUAAAGAUAUUGAUGAGAAAAUUAUGGUUUGAUAAACAUGACCAUGAUAAUUAUUAUAGUGAUAAUAAUAAUAAUAAUCAUCAUCAUCAUAAUAAUGAAUAUAAUUAUAAAAUGAGCACAAGAGGGAAAGAAUAUCAGAAGCUACUCAAUUCUUUAAAUGCAGAAAAAUAUAAAGAAAUACAAAAAGAAAUAAAAGCAUUAAUUAAGUAUACUUUAGAAAAAAGGAAAAUAUAUUUUGAGCCUAUUAUUAAUUAUUUACUAAAUAUAUAUAAUAAAUAUAAUAAAAGAAGGAAAGCAUUAAAUAAUAAUAAAAUUGUAAAUUCAAAAUAUGCAUCUAUUCUAAAAAAAAAUUUUCUUUUAUAUUCAUUAGAUUUUUACACAUUAAAAUAUUUUUCACGUCGUGAUUUAUAUGUAAACAUGAAUAGAUUUUAUAAACCAAGACGUAAAAAAUACGAAUUGAAAAUUCCAAGGUAUAAUAAUAAAAUGAAAAAGAAAAUGAACAGAUAUAAAAAGUAUGUAAGGACAUUUCAUUCUUUAAUAAUAAAAAUACAAGAAGUACCAAAUGAAUCUAGAAAAAUAUAUAAUGAUAAUAAUUUGAAUAAUAGUUCUAGAGAUAUAUUUUUCAAAAUAAACAAAUUUAUAUUAUUAAGAAAAAGUAGAAUGAUAUAUUUAAGACAAUUAAAAAAAAGGGUCUAUUCUUAUUAUUCGUUAAUACCUAUAUAUGGUAACAUACAACAGACGGAAAAGAGACGUAACAAAAAAAUACUUGAAGAUAAUAGGAAAAGGAAGAAAACUAAAAAGAAUAAAAAGAAUAAAAAGAAGAACUUAACGAAAAAAAAAAAAAAAAAAAAAAAAAAAAAAAAAAAAAAAAAAAAAAAAAAUAAUAAUAAUAAUAAUAAUAAUAAUUGUAAUAGUAAUAAUAGUUAUAAAAUGAAGAAGGAUUUUUUUUUUCGUGAGGGUGUGCACAAGAAUUUUUUUAUAAAAAUAUUAAAUAUUAUAAAAAUAAAAGAAAAAGUUUCCGAAAUUGUUAAAAACAAAAAUAAAAUUUAUAAAAAGUUAGUUAAAAAAAUUAAUGAGCGAAAUUAUAUUUGUAUAGAGAAAAUGAAUAAGAAGAAAAUAAAAACUUAUGAAUAUUAUUAUAAUAUUUUUAUAAAUUUAUUAAAAACUGUGAAGCAUCAAGAUCAAAUUAUUAUGAAUAUUUUAUUUAGUAUGUUGAAAAAUAUUAAUGAUCAUUUGAAUCUUUUUUAUAAAAAUAUAUGUCUUUGUAUUCCAUGUAAAACGUCAGAACAAAUAAAUGUACAAAAUGUGAUGAAACAUAAAAUUGAAAUAUUAAAAGGUGAUACUAGUUUAUUUCAUCAUUCUAAUAAUGGAAAUAUAAGGCAUAUAAAUGAAAAUGAGCAAGAGGAAAACUAUUCACAUAUAAAAAAAGGGGAUGUCCGUAUUAUGGAUAUAAGUAAUAUGGACAUGAGCGAUAUAUGUGUAUAUAAUAAUAAUGAAUUUAAUAGUAACACAAUAGAUAACUAUGUUUAUAGUAAUGAUGUUCAAGGUAAUAACCAACAUGAUAAUAAUCUCCCUGGAAGUAAUUCUGUAGAAUGUAACCCUUAUAAUGAUAAUAAAUAUAAUGAUAAUAAAUAUAGAGACAAUAAACAUAAAGAUAAUAAACAUGAUAGUAAUAAACAUGAUAGUAAUAAACAUGAUAGUAAUAAAUAUGAUAGUAAUAAACAUGAUAGUAAUAAACAUGAUAGUAAUAAACAUGAUAGUAAUAAAUAUGAUAGUAAUAAACAUGAUAGUAAUAAAUAUGAUAGUAACCCCCUUAGUAGUCAAGCACUCAGUACUGAUCCCCCAAGUAGUAAUCCUCCGGGUAGUAACGCAUAUAGUAUUGAUCCACAAAAUAAUAACCCUUAUAGUAGUAAUUUAUAUAGCAGUAAUUUAUAUAGCAGUAAUUUAUAUAGUAGUAAUUUAUAUAGUAGUAAUUUAUAUAGUAGUAAUUUAUAUAGUAGUAAUUUUUAUAGUAGUAAUUUAUAUAGUAGUAAUGUUUAUAGUAGUAAUGUUUAUAGUAGUAAUGUUUAUAGUAGUAAUGUUUAUAGUAGUAAUGUUUAUAGUAGUAAUUUACAUAGUAGUAACGCACCUAAAAGUAACAUUCCACAUAGUGACAAAUUUAAUUAUACACUUAAUAUAUUUAAUGAUGAGCACAUACCAAAUAACAGUGUUUGUACAAAGGAUACAUCAAAUAUAUGUUGUAAUAAUUUAAGUUCUAAUACAUCUUGUAGUAACAAUGAUUUUAAGACGAAUGUAAGCUCUAUUAUGGAUGAGAAAUCGAUGAGAUUAGAGAAUAGUAAUUCUAUAUUAUUUUAUAUGAAUAAUAAAAAUAAGACAUGUAAUAAAAUAAAAAAGAGUUCGGAAUAUAAUUGUAUAUUUGAAAAAUUAAAUAAAAAUGAAUAUAAUAAAAAGGAUAAAUGUAUAAAUUGUGAUUCAGUACUAAAUGAGGAUAUAAUAAGAAAACGAAAAAUGAUGUUAGAUAACUUUUUCAAUAUAGAUAAAUAUUAUAAAAAGAAGAAUGAAAGAACUAAUUAUUUAAUAUAUGAUAUAAAUAUUUUAAAAGAUUAUUUAUAUAUAUAUUUAAAAAAAUAUUUUGAUGAUAUUAUACUUUUAUUUGAAUAUUUUUUUUCUAUGUCAUCUAAUUUUUUUUAUAACGAUUUUGUUGAUAAGACUUAUAAGGAUACUAGAAUUAUUGAAUCAAAGGAAUGUAAUAAUACAUAUAUUAAUAUAUCUAGAACGGAGGAAAUAUUAGAAAAUAUUUUUUCCUUAUCAAGUUAUGAUAAUUUUUAUAUAUAUAAUAACAACGAAUGUGAUAAUAACAGUGAUAAUAAUAAUGAUAAUAUAUUAUUUAGAACAAGGGAUUAUAAUAAUUAUGUGUUUAUAAAAAGAAUGAAAUAUUUUAUAAAUAAUGAUAUAAUACAAUUUAUUAAUAAAGGUAUGAAUUUAAUAAAUAAUUAUGUAAAUUUAAAAAUAUAUAAUGUAGAAAAAUCUUUCCGUAUCUUAUUUCGAUUACUAAAGGUUAAUAAUUGUAAAGAUCCUGUGUUUCUUUUUAAUAUUUUAUGGAGUUUAAUUUUAAAAUAUAGUAAGUAUUGUAGAAAAAAAUUAAUUAAAAAAAGAACCCUAAAUAAAUUAUCUAAUAAUGUAAAUAAAAACGAAAUAGAAAAGGAUUUUAUAUUUGAAAAAAAAAAAAAAAUGUUUUUAGAAAAAUUCGGCUUAAAUUAUUUAACAACAAGUGAAGAUAUUAUUCUAUAUUUAAAAUAUAUUGCACGUGUGUGUGGUUAUAGAAACAAAGAUAAUGAUAAGGACAACCAUAUGGAUAAUGAAAAUCAUAAUGAUAAUCAUAAUGAUAAUCAUAAUGAUAAUCAUAAGGAGUGUAGUAAAUAUGGGAUGUUUAAUAUCCAUAAGAACAACUCUUAUUUGUAUAAGAAUCACUUUUACAAUUUAUUAAGCCGUAAAAAUGAAAAGACCAAUGAUACAUAUGAUAUGCGCGUUCUAAUGAGAAAAAAAAAUAAAAAAGGAGAAGAGGUUGACGAAUAUAAAGAAGAGCAUAAUAAUGAAAAUAACAACAACAACAACAAUAAUAAUAAUAAUAAUAAUAAUAAUAAUAAUAACAACGUUGAUCAUUAUAAUAGUGAUGGGUUUUUAAAAGACAUCCUAAAUAUUCUAAUGCAAAAAUUAAAGGGGAAAUGUAUUCUACAAGAUAAAAAUAAAAUAAAAAGAGUUCGGAAAGGAGAAAAAGAAGGAAAUGAUAAUGUAAUACUUGAGCAAUUAUCUAAUGUAUAUGAAAUUAUUCAUUCUAAUAAUAUAAAGAAAUAUGAUAAUAUAAAAUUAUUUCUUAAUAUAGAGAAGAAAAAGAAAACCAACCGUAAAAGGAAAUUUAUAUGUGAAGAAGAAAAUGAAGAAGAGGAUGAAAAUUUAUAUAUAAAAAAUAUUGAUAAUGAAAGUAUAAAUAUAAGGAAAAUAAAAAAAAUCGUUAUUCAAUUUAUUGAUGAUAAUAAAUAUGUAUUUCCAUAUAUAUUCAAUACUUUUGAUAGUAAUAUAGUAAGUAAAGACAUGUUUAAAUAUGAGUAUAUGAAUUUAAAUACAAAUUUUAUGUUUUUUCAUUAUUUAAGUCAAAAUGAAUAUUCUUUUAGAAAUUCCAUUUUGAAUUAUGUGUAUGGGUAUCCUUUAUUUUGUAUAAAAAAAAAAAAUUCAAACAAUGAAAAUAUGACAACAUAUAAUAAAUAUGACGAUAAUAAUUAUGACGAUAAUAAUUAUGAUGAUAAUAAAGAUGAUGAUCAUAAAGAUGAUGAUCAUAAAGAUGAUGAUCAUAACUAUGAUGACCAUACUUAUGAUGACCAUAUUUAUGGUGACCAUACUUAUGAUGACCAUAUUUAUGGUGACCGUAUUUAUGAUAAUAUAAAUGAUAGCAUAAAAAGAGAUAAAUAUUGUGAUAAUGAAAAAAACAAACAUGAAAGAAAUAAUGAUUAUAAUAAAAAAGAAGCUUCUGAUUUUAUGAAUAAGCAUAAUUUUUCUUAUAACCCUCAUGAUAGUUUUCUUCUUAAUAAUUCUGACGGUGUUAAAUCAAAAAUGAGCGAUUUUUCAAAUGGUAAAAUUCAUAUGGGUAAUAAAAAAAGUAAAAAAGGAAAGGACAUUGUUCAUAAUAAUUCUGUAAUGUGUAGGAAUAAGAUGCAUAAUAAUAUGAGAAUUAAUAGGGAUCAUACUACUAAUAGUAGCUAUGAUGACUACAUUAAUAAUAAGAAGAACUAUAAUGAUAAAUAUGAUUGUUAUAAAUACAAUUCUGGUUGUAGUAACUACCGUGAUGAUGCCUCGAAAGAAAUGUGGGAUAAUAUAAAUCCGAAGGAUAAAGAAUGGAAAAGGAAAAUUAAGAAAGAACAUAAUAAAAAGAAAAGAAAAUUUUUAAUAAAAAUUUUAAAAAAUACAAACAUUUAUAAUAAGAUACCUUUAAAAUAUAUUCAUUUAUGUGUUAUUGCUGAUAUAUUUAAAUAUUUAAAUUUAGAUCAUAUUCUUAAAGAUAUAAUGCAGAAAUUAUAUGAAGAGAAAUUAAAAGAUAUCCAAGAGAAAUAUGAUGAUAAUAAUAAACAUUAUAUAGGUAAUAUUUUACUAUGCUUUUUAUUAUAUUUCCAUUCAUUUUUAGAUAUAUUAUGUGGAUUAAGAGAUGGGCAUUUUAUUAACAUGUCACAAGAUGAUCAUAUUUUUAACAUAUUUAAUAAUUUCAAUGAUUUCAUAUUUAAUAAUAAAAAGAAUUAUUCUCUUUUCUCUAAAAAAAAAAAAAAAAAAAAGAAAGAUGAAUAUAAAAGUAGAGAACAGAAAUGUGUAGAACAAAAAAUAUAUAUGGAUGAAAGUAAUAUUUCUGAACGUAUGAAUAGAAAGAAAAACAAAUGUUAUGUGUAUUUGAAGAAUAGAUAUAGUAAACGAGGAAAUUAUUUAUGGUUAUUAGAAAAGAAAGAAAAAAAUGAUUUAUCAUCUUAUGUUGAUAAUAUAUGGGUACGUUUUAUAAGGAGACGAAACGAAGAGAAGAUUGAAAAAGAUGAGAGAGUAAAUAUAUCGUACAAUUUGGUAAUAUUUUUAAAUAACUAUUUAGAUUAUAAUUUUUCCUUUUUAAAUAAUUGUAGUUUAGAUAUAGAUGAAAGUAAAUGUAAGAAUUAUUUAUAUUUAUUUUCUAAUGAGGAUAAUAAAAAAUUGUUUACACAUGAUGAGGAAGAAUGCUGUAUUGAAGAGGAGAAUACAUGUUUAUAUAAAUAUUUAAAUAUAAGUAUUCAUAAGGUUCAUGGAAACGAAUCAUAUGAGAGAUCUGUUUUAUAUAUAUUACAAUUGAAUGAUUGUUCAUUUAAGAAGGAUAUUUUAAAGGAUACUGAAGAUAAUAUAUUUUUUAAUUACGAACUUGUAGAAAAAAGAGAUAUAUAUGAUAUGCAAAUAGGAACAUAUGGAAACAAUAUAAAUAUACAUGAUAUAUAUAAAAAAGACAAUAAUUUUUUUAAAAUUAAAGAAUGUAAUUGUUGUGAUGAUGUUUUAUGUGAUAAAGCAGAAUUGAUUAAACUUUUAUUUGAUAUUAUGAUAAGAUAUUUAAAUCAUAUGUUAGAUAAAAAAAAAAGGUGUUUACUUGAUGCUGUAAUAAAUUUUAAGAAUUGUAAAAAUGGAUUAGAAGAUAUAAAAUUUACAUAUAUGUUAAUUUAUUUAUUAAAUUAUAAAAAAAAACAAGAGAAAAAAUGUGCUUUGAUAAUAUAUAAAAAUUUAUAUUAUUUAUUAAUUGAAAAAUUAUAUUAUGAACAAAAUAAUAAUAUUAAUAGUGAGCAAAUGAUAAAUUAUAUUUUUAAUUUAAUUAAAAUAGCUAGAAUAAUAAAAAUAAAAAAUAAACAAAUGAAAAAAUUAUUCCAAAUGUUACAAAAUUAUAUAGAAAAAUUUAAUGAUUUUUAUUUUUAUCUUUUUAAUAAAAUAUUUCUUUUUAUAUAUGAAGAUACAAAAACAGAAAAUAAAAUAUUUUUAAAGACAUAUUUAAAUAAAUAUUUUAAUGAUAGGAAAAUUAUUUCACAUAUAUUUAAUCAUGUAUGGAACUAUUCCAAAGGUUCCAAAUUUUUGUUAUCUCAAAACAAAAAUCAAAAUGAAGGAACAGAAAAUAAAAAGGAUUUUAAUAAAAUUCAUGAUGGUAUAUCACCUUUUGUUUACUCAGAAGAUGUAUGUGAAAAUAUGCAUAUGACUAAAAGUAAUAAUAAUACUAACAAUAAUAAUAAUAAUACUAACAAUAAUAAUAAUAAUAAUAAUAAUAUUAAUGAAGAAUAUUCACAGAGCAUUUGUUAUAUCGAAAAAGAAAAAAGAAAAGAAAGAAAAAAUCUUAUUAAUCAUAAUAAUAUAUCCCAUAUAGAACUUAUAAAAAAUGAACAUGAAAAAUUACAACAUAUCAACCUAAUGAAAUAUUCUAAUGAUAUGAAUGAAGAAAUUAUUAAGAAAAUAUCCUUGAAAUAUAAAAACUUGUAUUCUAGUGAUAGUAAUAGUAACUGCUCUUCUCAUGCACGUGUCUUUUUUAAGACUACAUAUGUAAAGCAUAAAAAUUAUAGAAUGUAUGAAAAACAGAAGAGAGAGAUAUUUAUAAAAAAAUUAAAAGAAAGAAGUGUAUUAUAUUAUAAGAAAGAUAAAAAAAUUAACAAUGAAAAGAAAAAAUUGGAAAAUAAAAAAAAUUACAAUGAAAAUAAUAGUAUAAAGAAUAAUUAUGAUUUAUAUUUUAAGGAAGAUGAUAAAUGCAGAAGAAAAGAAAAAAGAAAAAGAAAAAAGGAAAUUAAUGAUUGUAAUUAUUAUAAUAUAAAGGAAUAUUCAUUAAAACCAAAAUAUGAUGAAAAAGAAUUAAGUUAUAAUAUAUCAAAUGAGAUGAUAUAUCGUAAUAAGAAUAAUAAUGAUGAUAAAUACGAAGAACAUGGAAGAUACAAUAUGUUAUAUAAUUGUGGCUUGGAUAAUUCGAAUGAAGGGCUUGAAAAGAAAAAAAAAAAACAAAUUCUUGAAGAUUAUAGUUCAGAUGAAUUUUCUUAUUUUGUUAAUAAAUCUUUUAUACAUUUUGAAAGUAAUCUAAAAAAAAAGAAUUAUAACCAGAAGAUUAUGCAAUUAAAUGCAAUAGGUUCAUAUAAAGACUAUAACAAUAUAGAUAUAUUAAAUAAUGUAAAUGUAAAUGUAAAUGUUAAUGUUAAUGUUAAUAGUAGUAGUAGUUUUAGUAAUAGUAGUAGUUUUAGUAGUAGUAGUAGUAGUAGUACUAGUACUAGUAGUAAGAGCUAUACAAGCAGCUGUAACAUUAGUGAUGUGAACAACGAUUUAGAUAAGAUGAGAGGUGAUAAAAAGGUUGGUAAUAAUUAUGAAAGAAAUGAUGAUAGAUGUAAUAUGGAUGUAAAUAGAAAAAAAAAAAGAAAGAAUAAUAUAUGUUUCUGUAUUAAUAAUUUAAAUGAUAAUAAUUGCGAGAAUUUUUUAUCUCUUUUAAGUAAUGCUGAUAUAAGAAAUGUUCAAAAGAACGAUGAGAAAAUGUUUUAUGUACAAAAUGAAGAAUAUUUAUAUAGACAUAAUAAUAAGUAUUAUAAUAAUGAUAUAUAUAAAAAUAGAAUGGGUAAUAAAAAAGAUGAAUAUAAAAUAUAUUCUAGGCUAUUAAAAAUGCCAUAUGAUAAUUCAUGUUGCUUUAUAAAAUAUAAAGCACAUUAUGAAUUUGAUGAUAAUAGAAAAAAUAAAGUGAAAAAGGAAAGAGAAAAGGAGCGAAAACAAAGGGAAACACAAAUUAUGUGUUUACCAUUAUAUAUUAGUAUAGUGGGUGGAUUAGAUAUAUUUUUAUAUAAUUAUUAUAAUUAUAUUUGUAAUAUGUAUAUAAAUCCUUAUUUUUAUAUAAACACAUAUUACUUUGAAAAAUACAUUCUCAAGAAAUAUUACAAAAGAGAAAAUAACUUUAAGUAUGACAAUAAUAAUAAUAAUAAUAAUAAUAAUAAUAGUUAUGGUAAUAGUAAUUAUAUUAGGAAUUAUCCUCAUAAUGAACAUAUUACAAAAAAUUAUGAUAACCUUUUAAUCUAUGAUUAUUUUUAUUACAACUAUAUAUUUAACAAUAAAUUUACUACGUAUGAUAGUUUUAAAUGUGUUCGUAAUAAAAGAAUAAGAAGUGAACGUUAUAUAAAAUUUUUUAAAUAUGACAAUGAAGGUGAUAAGCAAAUUAUACAUAAGAAAAGUAAUAAUAAUGAAAAGGGAGAAAUAGAAGAAAUAGGAGAAAUAGAAGAAGGAGCAUAUAAUGGUAUAAAAUAUAUAAAUAAUAUUUCUGAUAUAAAUGUAAAAGGAAUAGUAGAAGAAAAAAAAAAUAUAAUAAAUAAAGAUAAGGAUUAUAAUAAACACGAUUUGGAUACUAGUGUUUCUUCUUUUGUAUUAUCUUUGCCAUAUGAAGAAAAGGACGAUAAAUAUAAAAUAAAAGACAAUGAUAAAUAUGAAGAUAAAUAUGAAGAUAAAUAUGAAGAUAAAUAUGAAGAUAAAUAUGAAGAUAUAUAUGAAGAUAAAUAUGAAGAUAAAUAUGAAGAUAAAUAUAAAGAUAAAUAUGAAGAUAAAUAUGAAGAUAAAUAUAAAGAUAAAUAUGAAGAUAAAUAUAAAGAUAAAUACAAUGAUAAAUACAAUGAUAAAUACAAUGAUAAAUACCAUGAUAAAUACAAUGAUAAAUACAAUGAUAAAUACAAUGAUAAGGAAAGAAAAAAAAGAAAUGACUCACCUAAUCUGAAUAUAUACACAAAAUAUUACAAUAAUUCAAAAGGACAAGAUAAAAUAAAAAGAAACAAUUAUAAAUUAAUAUGCUCAUCUAACCAAAAUAAUAAUGAAACGAAGAACUCACCUUAUUGUUUCUUUUAUAUGGAUGAUGAUUUAAGUACAGAUGAUGAUGAUUAUAGAUUAAAAAAAAAAGAAAUAGAUGAGAUAUUUAUAUUAAAAAGGGAUUUAUUUGUAAUUGAUUACUUGCAGAAUUAUUUCAAUUUUUCCGUAAUAAGAAAGAUGAAAAAUAUGAUAGAAGAUAUGUUUUAUAAUUAUAAUUUGAAUCUUAUAUAUGUAAACAGGAAUGUUCAAAUAAGUGAGUUAGAUCAUGAUAUAAGACAAACGUGUGAGAAGAAAAAUGGCAUAUACAUAAACGUAUACAAUAAUAAUAAUAAUAAUAAUAAUGAGAAUAAUAGUAAGAUGUAUACUAUUAAGAAUAAGAACGAAGAAAUGAUUAAUGUAUCCAAAGGUAAUGAGCUAUCAAACAAACAAGAAAUUUUAAAAAAUCCAUAUACAAAUUUAAAGGAAAAAGAUAAAGGAAAAAUAAAAAAAAAUGAGACAUGUUUUAUUGAAAUAAUAAAGAACAAGAAAAAGCAUAAUAUAAAUAAUAAUGAAGAGAUAAACAUAAAUAAUUCUCAUAAUAUAUUUCAUAACAGUUCAAUAAAAGAAGAAAUAAUAAAUAAGAAAAAGAUUCAAUUAUCUAUGACAGUAAUAAAUUUAGAAUAUUGGAAACCUGAAAAAUUAAAAGAAGAAGAUGGGAAUAUUAUAAAAAAAAUGAUUCCUAAUUUUAUAGAAACAUAUUUUGAUACUAUUAAUAAUAUAUAUCAAAUAGAACAUACAGAUAAAUAUUUAAUUUUUUUAUAUGAAUUGUGUUAUAUAGAUUUAUGUAUUAAUAAUUAUAUGUUUACAAUGAAGUUGUCAGAUGGGUUAUUCUUUUUAUUUAUGAGUAAUUUAGAAAAUAAGAUCAUAGAUUUAUAUAAAAAGAAUUUAUUUUCUAACAAUAUUAAAAAUAUGAAUCAUAUAUAUAAUUAUGAAUAUACUUUUAUAUCAUCUAAUUAUAAACAUAAAGAAAAAUAUAGGGAUCAAACUAUGCAUAUAAUUAUGAAUGAGAAUAUUAUAUUUUACGAUUUUCAUUUGAUAAAAAAUUCGAACGAUUUGGACAAUGGCACCAAGAAAAUCGGUUCUAAAAAAGGAAACGUCGUUAGUAGUAAAAAGGAGACGAUCAAAAUGAAAAGGUGUAAUAUAAAUGAUACCAUACGUGAUGAUAAUAACAAAAUGUGUGAUGAUAAUAAUAACAUAUGUGAUGAUAAUAACAAAACGUGUGAUGAUAAUAACAAAAUGUGUGAUGAUAAUAACAAAAUGUGUGAUGAUAAUAACAAAACGUGUGAUGAUAAUAAUAACAUAUGUGAUGAUAAUAAUAAUAAUAAUAAUAAUAAUAAUAAUAAUAAUAAACAGAGCAUCCUAUGGUGGAAGCAAAAAAGAACAAGCAACAAUGAGAACGAUUAUAAAAAUGGAAAUCCUCCUGUGAUAAACAAAAAAAAAAAGAAAAGAAAAGAAGAAGGUGGAGGCACUAAUAUGAUAAAAAUAGAACAAUAUUUUGAAUAUAUACCAUAUGGUACAAAAAAUAAUGAAGAAAAAAAAAAAAAAAAAAAAAGUUACGAAAAGGAUAAAGAAGGAAUAGAUAUUUUAGAAGAAAAACAUAAUUUGAUGACAGAAGAAAAUUCAUAUACAAAAUUGAAUAAAAAUUAUUCUUUGAAAGAAAAAAUAAUAGAAUUAAAUAAAGAGAUCUCAAUUAAUGUGUCAUCAAAUAAUAAUAUAUGUAAUAAUCUUAAUAAUGAUAAUAUUGAUGUAACAAAAAUUAGUAACCCUUUAAAUAAACAAAUAUCUAAAGAAAAUUUUUAUUAUAAAUUGAAUUUCUUAAAAGAGUAUGAAGAAAAAGAAAAGAAGAAAAUUAUAAAUGAGAAAAAUAUUAAUGAUGUGUAUAUCAAAUUAUUUUUCACAGAAGAUUUCUUAAUUCAAAAAACGAAUAUUCCAGAAAAAUUCAUAAAAGAUAUGUUAAAAAAAUUAUCACGUAAAAAAUUUUUACACAAAAAUUCAUUCAAAGUUAUGAACAAAAAGAAUAAUAAAACAACACAAUUUUAUGUAUAUUCCUUAGGAAAUUUUGAUGAUCCUAAUAUUACAGAUGUCCAUGAUGACAAAAUAAUAAAAGGUGCUCAAGAAGAGCUUUUAUUAUCACCUUUGGAUAUUCAAAGAUUACAAGAAAAUAAACUGAAGGAGAAUAAACAUCAUGAUAAUAUAAGUAAUGAAUAUAAGCAUCAAAAGGACAUGCAAAUAUUUAAUGUUCAUCCUUAUGAUUCUUUUGAUAAGGAUAUAGGGAAAGGUAAUACAAAUAUUAUAUGUGAACACAAAAAAAUAAAAACAAAUAAUUUAUUACAAAAUAAUGUUCAUAUAAAUAGUUUAAAUAAUACAACUAGUGUAUAUAAUGAAAGGCAAAUAUAUAGUAUAGGAAAUGAAAAUAUAAAGUGUAAUUUAUAUAAUAAUAAUAAUAAUAAUAAUAAUAAUAAUAAAGUUCAACAAAUAAGUGAUGUAGAUAAAAAUAUUAUUAUUGAAAAGGGUAUGAUUAAACAAAAGGAAGAUCAACUAUUACAUAAUAACGAAAUGAUGUUGAUAAAUAAUAAUAAUAAUAAUAUAUGUUAUAGAAAUAAUGAUGUGUCAUUCAAUAAUAAUAAUCCGUUUACCUAUGAUAAUUUAAUUUAUAAUAGUGUAAAAGAAAGUAGUCAUUUUGAAGGUGAUUUAAAAAUAAGGAACCUUAAUAAUUAUGUACAUAAAGAUAAUAGUAAUACAAUUAUAGAUACUAAUACGUCUAUAUUAAGUAAUAAUAAUAAUAAUAAUGAUUGUAAUAUCAUUAGUUGUAAUAAAACAGCUGUAAAAGAUAUCAUAUGUAUUAACAAAAAUAAUAUUGUUGAGGAUAGCGAAGAAAUAAAUAAAAUAGAAACAAAAAAAGAACAAAAUCUUAAUAAAAAUUUGAAAGAAAAAAAAAAUAAAACUACGAAUUUAUUAUUAUAUAUUAAUAAUAGUAAAAAAAGUCAUAAUAGUGUUAAUACGAAUAUAGGAGUAAAUAAUGAUAAUCAAUUAAAUAAGCAAAAUAAUGAGCUCGUAGACUACUUUUUGGAUGAUAUAGUUACAGAUAGUGAUGAGGAAAAAACACUUCAAAAGAGACGAACAUUUGAUAAUUUAAAUCUUGAAGAAUCCUACGAAUUUUAUGAAAAUGAAAUUUUAAGAAUUACAAAAGAAAGAAUGAACAAAAUGAAAUUAGAACCUGGGAAAAAUACGUCCACUCCUCUUUUCUUAAUUAUUAAUAAUUUAAAUAAAAUAUUAACAGAAAAAAAAUUAAAACAUAUAUCACAAAAAGAAGUAUUAGCAAUUUUAAAUAUAAUGAUGAAAAAUAAUAAAAUUGAAAGAAUAGGAGGCAAUUGGCAACCCACAUAA